CCCGAGAGGAGAGAGAGUGCAUUGCAUCACUACCCACUCGCCAUCCAUCCCAUCUCCUCUUUACAGUACCAAAACAUAUGGUGGAAAAAUCAUCACAUCUGCCGGGACGCACGACAACAAUAGACAGCAUCUAGCCCAAGAGAACCGGGGCGUCCAUCAUGUUUGCUGUCCAGAGCUCCAUGAGGCUGUGAGCGCCGUCGUGAUUUUUGACACGGGGUACCAUCACGGCAGCCGAGGAUUCUUCUCGCGACUGUCUGGGCUCUCCAUCGAGUGGGGAAGAUGGCCGCCAUGAAAAUUUUAACCAGCAGUGGGCUGUUCUUAGCGUUAUGUGCGUUGGGGUUGCUAGCCAUGGCAAUCUGCACCGACUAUUGGUAUGAGACAGAUGCGCGGAGACACCGAGAAAGGUGUAAAAACUACGCCAACAAGAGAAACGACCCGGGGUACAUCUACAUCUCAAAUAGCAAUCUCCCCCUCCAGAUGCCCCCAAAUGGCAUUGUAAGGAAAGGUAACGGUCCAAGUGCCGGAGCUCAGCCUCUUAUUAGGGAAAAACGGCACUUUCUGGUCGCAGCAUCAGCUAUGGAGUCCCACUGCAAUCGCCAGUUCAAUUCAACCAUAUCUGGGCUCUGGAGAAAGUGUCUUCGAGAUGGAUUUGACCUGGAGACAGAGGACCUCAUAUAUAAAGGAUUGAUUCAGCGGUGCAUCCCAGUCAAGUAUCAUUACUCUUCCUCCAUCCUUCCGCGGAAUUUACCCAUCAACAUCACCAAGACCAUCCGUCAGGAUGAGUGGCAUGCACUCCAUCUACGCAGGAUGACGGCUGGCUUUGUGGGCAUGGCCGUGUCCAUCAUCCUGUUUGGCUGGAUUAUCGGAGUGCUGGGCUGCUGUCAGCAGCAUGACCUCAUGCAGUAUGUAGCUGGACUACUCUUUCUCAUGGGAGGAACAUGCUGUAUCAUCUCCCUGUGUACGUGUGUGGCAGGCAUCAACUUUGAGCUGUCCCGCUACCCACGCUACAUGUAUGGCCUCCCAGAGGAUAUUAGCCAUGGCUACGGCUGGUCCAUGUUCUGUGCCUGGGGAGGCUUAGGCCUCACUCUGCUGGCUGGAUUCCUGUGCACCCUGGCCCCAUCCCUAAGCACCCCCUCCCGCACAACCGUCCACAAGCCCAGGCAGGAGAACGGAACCGUGUGAUGGGACCGUGUGACUGGCCCACAGAGUGCACAAGGAAGCAACACCCAUCCAACCUCAUCCAACGUUGUUGUCCAACCACCAUCUCACCUCAUCCCCUUUCCCUGUCCAUACCACCCCUGUCAUCCAUCUGAAUCAAGAGUUUACCAGAUAAAUUGUACAUGGGAGAACAGAGCAAAGACAAACCACACCAAACUGAACUAUUUACUGUACAUCUAAAACACACAGAGUAAUGGCCCCCAGAAUACUUUGGGACAUGGCAAGACCUUUUUGUUGUUAAACGUUUGACUACUAACUCUAUGGCAGCCUAAAGGCGACUGUUUGUCUGUUUUUUUUUCAAGAGGAAUUGUCUUAAAAUGGUGCU